AGCGGGAGCAGGAGCAGGAGCAGGAGCAGGAGCAGAAUCAGCCGACUUUCGACAUUCUCAGUAUCCGCAUCAACAUCGGCAUUCUGAGCUGCAUCAGGACUCCCCCCCACCUCCUGCUUGUCAGCAGCAGCAGACAUAUCUUGGCCACCAAUCGGAAUCUUCUGCUGGGAGUUAUUGCAAGCAGAUGAAGGGAUCAUCUGCACCUUCUUUUCCUUCCUCAACAGCCCCACCACCUGUCACUGCAGGAGCCCCAGGGACCACAGCCUCAGUCCAUCGAGCGCCUUCGCCCCCAAUGAACAACCACCCUCUUCCAUUCGACCAAACUGGCCAGACCCCUCAUUUUCACCAUGCCUUCCACAGCGACCCCAACACGCCCAGCGACGGCGGUAUGGGCGGCCCUGCCCUGAACAACAAACGAAGGAGUAUAGCAGAUUCUCUCUUUGUCCCCACUAAAAGCGUCAAGGUCAAAGAAAAGAGAAACAGUGGCAGUGCGAGCAGCAUCAGCAGUGUAGAGUCCUAUCGACAAGACGAGGGCAUCAACUCAGAACACCACUCUCUCGCGGGGUGGACAAGCCAUCCCAAGUCUGCGUCUAGCACAUCCACCUCUUCCGAUGGUUCUGCGUCAGUAUUGCCGGCCCAGAGGAUGUCUUUGGAGCCUCAACAGGCAUCGCCUUCGGCCAGAAGACCCUCGACAGCCAAGGCAUCAGGCAGGGCAGCAGGCGGCUCGGCGCCCUCUCCAAAGACGUUUCAAUGCACGGGUUAUCCUGGUUGCAACAUGGUCUUCACACGCAGCGAGCAUCUUGCAAGGCACGAGAGGAAGCACACAGGGGAGAAGCCUUACAAGUGCAUCGUCGCCAACUGCCCACGUACCUUCAGCCGGUACGACAACAUGAUCCAGCACACGCAAACUCAUGGGGACCGGACCAAGAGAGACUCACUCGCCGCAGCGGCUGCAGCAGGAAAUGCGUCUCGAGCCCGGUCUUCAUCACUACACUCAAACCCUUUCCUGACUGGAAGACCUCGAGGAGGCAGUAGUCCAGUCGUAUUCGGUUCAGGAUACGACGAUCUAAAUUAUCGGUCUUUGCAGAACUCGCCUGCCUCCUCUUAUAUUGCCCAUAGUUCUGCCUUCUCGCAGCAGCAGCGCCACCCUUAUUCGCCGCAUUACCAGCAACUCCAGCAGUAUUCUCAUCAGCAACAGCAUCAAAACCAACAGCACCCUGUGCACUUGAAGUUCCCUGAUGGUACGCCUGCAAUGUCUUCACACCCAUCAAUGGCCAGCAGAACCAACGGGAGCAUUGACAGCAUUGGAAACAUCUAUGGCGGGGAUAGCCAGUCGUAUCCCCCAGAGUCAGGUCCAUCAACGCCCGUCAUCAGGACUCUUAAGGCUAAUUCGAGAAGUCUACCGCAUCUGCAGCCCCGAUCCUCUUCUAUUGUCACAGCAGACAGCCCCAGCAUGGGUCUGCAACAGAGCAUGUCCGGGAUGGAGAUUGAAGAAUUCAAGCGACGAAAAAGUGAGGUACUCUUUCCACUUUCAUUUUCAGAAGAUAGAGUUGCAGCAGGGUCUGCUUACGGCCACGCUCAAGGACUAGGCCAAGGCCAAGGCCAGGGAAUUGGGCUGGGUAUGUCAUCACCUUUAACCCCUGCAGCGUCUCAUACGCAGCCGCUUCCACAUGUGGAAAAACUGUCACCUCAGGAACAGGAGCGCCUUAUCGAGCAUCGCCGAUCUGCUCAGGCUAUACUAUGUAGGACAGGUCCAGGCGCUGGAUUGAGGGGUCAACGAGGCACAUAUGAAUCAUUUUCAGAGCAGGGCCCACUAGCAGGCGCACAGGAAGGCGUUAACAGCGGGCCCGAGAGCAUAGGAAUAGGACCGCCCCCUCCGCAUGUGCAGCAUCUGUCAACUUUGAAGAAGGAGCGACUACUGGAGCAUCGAAAGUCGACACCAGAGCUCAUGUACGACGCCAUGAAAGCCAAGAGAUCAAGCAACGAUCCGACGGAUAUGAAUGUGCUGCCUCUGCCGUCGCGCGAUUCCCGGUCAGGCGUGCAGUGGUUCUCGCAGAUCAACACACCGUCCAUUCCGUCAUUUCCAUUGCCAUUGACCUCUCGGGAUGCCCAUGGAGGAGGACCAGCAGCGAUAUCAUCAGGAAGGCGAAGGGUAGUGACUCUUGGGUCUAGCGCAGCUCAUUCUGGUGAAGGUGCAGCUGAUAUUAGCUCUCCGACUAUUUUGCCACCAAUUCUUGGAACUUAUGAUGAGCGUCACGACGAUCGUUUAACUCGGCCUCGUGCGCUCUCAGGUCAUAUCCACCCUCUGGCUCACCACGACCGCGUGGGAUCAUCUGGAUUCGUUUGGCAGCCAUUGUCGAACGAUGAGGGUAGCAAUACCAAGGAUCGUUCACAAUUUGAUCCUACGCUUUCGCCUAGGAUGGAGAGAUAUCUGGAGGAGCGGUACUAUCCGAUCCAGAAACGGGAGGUGCUUGAUGCAAUUGAACGAAUGGAUGUACGCGAGUUCCUAGGACUGAAGGCCCAGGUUGCGGGAUCGUAUGCGAGCGAACAGUUCCGGAACCCAGAGUUUUUGGGGAACAUGGCGGCGCUUCUCUGUAUCAUCCGUGCGCCACAUCCAUUCUGGAAGAGCGCAAGGCCCAAGCGGAGUAGUGGAGGCAGUAUUGAGAGUGGCAGUGAAGGCGCUGCUGGUAUUAGCCGACGACAGUCGUACAAGGACAUGGGGGUGGAUAACGUAGAGCCUAUGGAUGUGGAUGAACAGGGAACGAUGAUGGAUGUCAAGAAAGACGGAUCUAGAGCGAAUGGACGUUCAGCGGCACUCGAGCAGCCAUGUCGAUUCGCAUUGGAUAUCGACAUGGAUUCAUUCGGACGAGAUCCUGAGCCGGAACUGCGGUCGAUAGAGGGAUUGACGAUCAACAGCUUAUUCCCAACCAAGAGCUUUGUUGCGGGGUUCGAGCCCGCGAUGAUGAUGGAUCAUAGGAAGGAGAGUAAUGCAGAAGAAGAUGAGGGGUUGCCGAGGUCUGUGCAGGGGUAUCCAUCGAACGCACGGAUAGGACGUUUCUACUUGCCUGAGAGAGCGUUCCGGACACCGGAAUCAUUGCAGUUCCAACCUGAUCCUUCAGGACCCUGGGUGUGCUGCCGCUUUGAGGAAUAUCUGGGCGUGUCUAUCUGGGUGCUGGGAAGCGUUCUGGAGAAGUAUCGGGAGCUUGCGCAGAGAUACAAGAUGGCGUUAACACUGAUGGGAGAGGAGGAAACCCUUGAAAUGCAGAACCGGGCGGCGACAUUUGAUCACGACGAUGAGUGGGAGAUUCGGACAGGGGAACAGUAUGAUGUGAAGGUGAAGGAAUCGACGCUGUACCCUGAGAUGGUUCAACAGGUUUGGAAAGAUAUGUACCAGCAGUAUCACCAUCAACAUCAGCAGCAGCAAUAUCAGCAACACCAGCCGCCACACCGUCCUUCGUCCCAGCUCUUGUCACAGCAGCAGCAGGCUGCCGUGCCUCCGCAUAUGACGAACCGUGUGGCGACUUAUGAAGAAUACCAGAAAAGUCGUUGGCAAGCUGCGGACUCUAGACGCGAAAGCUAUCCAGCUCUACUACCAUCGUCGUCGGCUGCGGCGCAUCACUAUGACGAUCAUUAUUAUCAGGGAGAAUACCAUCCACAGUCCCAAUAUCAGCAGCAACAUCGAUUACCGCAGAACGCGCAUCAGAGCUAUAUUAACCACUGCGAGGACCUGUCGAGUGGACCAUCAUCCCCGAACUCGGUGCACCAGGAUGAUUGUUUCCAAGAGGAUGUCCAAUCGAACGACUCAGCGGCUUCGACCCCACGGCAGCACUAUCGUCACCAUCAGAAUCAGGACCAGAAUCAGAAUCAUCCAUACCAUUAUCAGGAAGGAUCUUCGAACCCGAGUGCUAGCGGUAGCAGUGGUGAUGCGAACAUGCACCGCCGCAUCUCGAUUGCUGAGCUGUGUAACCCGAUGCAGAGUCUUGCGACGGCGCGCGAACGAGAUUACUAGAAAAUAUUGUACCAUCCAAGCACGAUUGGCAUUUGUAGUUCUUUAAUAACAAUCCAAG